AUGGUGCUCUCCAAGACCCUGUCUCGCAGCCUCCGCGCUCGCGAAGACGACUCAGCCUCCGAACCCUACUCCGACGAGCUCGACGUGUCCUCACCAUCAGUACUUGACACCGGCGAAGGCGCGGACAUACCCAGCUCAGACAACGAGUCCGGGCAGGAUGGUGAGGAGGACGUAGAGCUGUCAGAGUAUGCAGAUGACGGCGGAGAGGUCCAGGAUCGAUUAAGCAAGGUGUCGUUCGGCGCAUUGGCGAAAGCACAAGAUGCGCUUGCAAACCAAGACAUCGGCAGUCGGAAGCGCAAGCGCGGCGCUGAGGGGAGCGAGGAGCAGGAGGCAAAGCUACAAACCUUGCGCGAGCGGCUGCAGGAGCUCAAGUCGCGGAAGAAUUCUAGCGCUUCGAAACCGAGCGGCAAGAAAGCCAAGCGACCCACGAGUCAGGAGGAGGAGCGGCCAGAAGAGGAAGAGGACACAGAUGCCUCAUCAGCAUCCGGCUCGGACACGCCCAAGUUUAAGCACUCCCGCUCCUCCAAGCACGCACCGGCCCAGCAGUCCUCCAAACGCGCCGUGACCCGCAGACGGACUGUGAUACCCGUUCACGAACACAAGGCGCGAGAUCCGCGGUUUGACCCCCUUGCCGGCCCUGUAUCUGAAGACUCGUUCAAGAAGAAGUACGCUUUCCUCAAUGACUACCGCGCUUCGGAGAUGUCGGAGCUGCGUGCUAGCAUCAAGAAGACCAAGAACGAGGCAGACAAGGAGCUUCUAAAACGGAAGCUGCUGUCGAUGGAGUCAAAGGCAAAGGCGGAUCAGGCAAAGGAGAAACAGGCCGAGAUCUUAAGAGAGCACAGGAAGAAGGAGAAAGAGUUAGUCAAACAGGGGAAGAAGCCGUUCUACCUCAAAGAAUCCGAGCAAAAGAAGCUUGCACUCAUCAACCGCUUCGAGAACAUGAAGGGGAAGCAGCGAGAUCGUGUCAUCGAGAGGAGAAGGAAGAAGGUCGCUUCGAAGGAGAGAAGGAAUAUGCCAUCCGAAAGGCGGAACAUGGCUGCGUGA